CAGCGGAUGUCCACGCGGACUGUGGCUUGGAAGGACGGAUUUCUCGUAACUCGUGAAUGCAGUUGAAUUUUUUUAGGAUUAUUUUACUCCUGGCACUGUACGUCCGGCUGCCGUACUGCUCCACCUGGGAAGAAAAUAUUGCAUGCUGCUUUGAUUUAGAUUGCACGCACGCCUGAAAAACAUUUCAGCAGCUCCCUGCGGACUUUGACAAAGGGACGACCCUCCUUUCCUUGCACAACUGGCUUAAGGUGGAGAAGUUUAAACACCUAUAUUGCCCAGCACCUUUCUGAUGGGUAGACUUCAACUCCCAGAAUUCUGCAGACCCCAACUUUGGACUUUGGCUUUGCAAUUUUGCAGUUGCAGCUCCUGACAAGUACGGGGAAAGAAACUCAGCUGUUCUCUUGCUCCUCUUUAGAUGCGCCAUGUCUUCUGGAGAACAGCAGCCACUGCCGCCACAGCCUCGCCCCCUGAUUAAGCCAACGUUCACCGAAAAGCAAGCCACCGAACUGGUCCGAAGGAUAUUUGGACUGGAAGUCUCCCGGCUCAGAUCGCUGCCAAGCUACGAUGAUCAGAACUUCCACGUGGCCGCCGCUUCGUUCCCAGGGACAGGAGAAAGCUCUGGGGACUUUGUCCUCAAAAUUAUAAAUGCUGAAGACAGCCAGAAUUCAGAUCUUGUUGAGGUUCAGACCCAGAUCAUGAUGUUUCUGAGUGGUGAGGGUUUUCCUCUGCCCACGCCCCAUCUCACCCAAGACGGCAAGGUGAUGUCUCUGGAAACAGUAGAUACUGGAUUCUGCACCCAGACGUUUGUGGUGAGGUUGUUGAGCUAUUUGCCAGGCAAAACUGUAGCCACUCUCCCCGUGACUCCUCCAGUUCUCUACGACAUUGGACAGAUGGCAGCCAAGCUCGAUAAAACGCUGGCAGAGAAAUUCCAGCAUCCAUUGAUAAAAAGCUUACACAGGGGUGAAUUUAUCUGGAAUCUGUCAAAUGUUCCUCUUCUGAAAAAAUACUUGUAUGCUCUUGGCAAGAGCGAAUAUCUGGAUGCAGUGAAACAGGUGAUUGAGCAGUUCCAAGUUAACGUCAUUCCAAAACUGAGCUUAUUUCGAUCCUGUAUCAAUCACGGGGACCUCAACGACCACAACAUUCUAGUUGACGUGGUUUCCGCCUCCCCUCCCAAUCCGCAGUACAGAAUCUCUGGGAUUUUGGACUUCAGCGACAUGAGUUACGGCUACUACGUGUUUGAAGUCGCCAUCGCCAUCAUGUACAUGAUGAUCGAAAGCAAAGACCCUCUUUCGGUGGGCGGCCACAUCCUGGCAGGGUUUGAAAGCGUGGUUCCUUUGACCCCGGAAGAGCGAGCCAGCCUGUUUCUUCUGGUGUGUGGGAGAUACGCCCAGUCGCUCGUGGUUGCCGCUCACACCACCCUCCUGUACCCCGAGAAUGAGGAGUAUUUAAUGAUCACAGCCAAAACCGGGUGGAAGCAUUUGAUGAUGCUGGUCGAGAUGGGCCAAGAGACGGUGGAACACAUCUGGUUCCAGACGGCAGAAUCCUAUCGGAAAUGAUCCGCCACCACCAUGUCUGAGAACACCGUUACCGAUAUUAUCAAGGUGGAAGUUGGCAAAAAAAAAAAAUUGUAUAAAACCACAACUGGGAAAGUUUAAGUUGCUACUGAAGAAUUCUUUUCAGGCUCAAUCCGGUUAUACGUGUAAAAUAUGAUUUGGUUUUAUUUUGGCGCUUAUGCCAGAAGAAAGAAAGAAAAAAUGUCAAACUGUCUGUUUUUGCAUUCCGAUGUUCAGCUGGGGAGUGGCAGCAAUAAUUAAUCUUCCGACAGAACGGAAACUUGUUUAUAAUCUUCAUUAGCACAUUCUGCAUUUUGGGGGGUGAUGUUUCUUUGUAGUUUUUGUCAGAGGGCUGGUGCAAAGUCCUCUCAGCUUUUGCCCAUCUGGUGUGUACAGAAUCCAUACAAAAAUGGUUGUAAAUCUUACUCUGAACAUUCAGUAAAGUGGUUUUAUUAAAAUACUAGCUUGGA